AUGGAUUCAGACGCACAAUGGACAAUUGUGGUUCUGUUUCUAUUAUUGGUUUUACUAAUUAUUCUGUUAUUCUCGAAAACUCCAUUUCUGGAAUUGUUCACUACUGAGCAGAGAUGGAGGAAACUCGACGAACAUAGUGACAUUCUAGAGCACUGGACCGGUUCGACAACAUCAGUUCCUAUCCGGAACCACGAGGCGUUCGAUAAGGGAGCGACACUCUGCUACAAUAAUCCGUACGAUGCUUUCAUCAGGAUGAACUACGGCAUUCAAGACGAAAAGGAUGCUGAACAGCGCUUAGGACAGACUGAGACCAUGCGUGCUCAACAACUGCUUGACGCUCUCCCUGAUGUUCACGGAAUACCGGGACAGAACCUUUCCAGUGAACAGCUGCAGUGCACCUUACAGUUGCCGCGAUGCACUUCGACGGACAGUCUAGACAGUGCUGCCUCGUCGAUAACGGAGGUAGCGAAGGACGUGCCAAUGGUUAAGCUUACCCUUAAAUACGAUUAAAAUACCUACCGUGGUUUUCUAUCCACUGCUAUGAUGAGUGGUGUCACACUUCGAUGUAAAAGUUGGAUCAUCGUUAACAUGAAGAUACUUAAGAUGGCAAGAAGGAGGUUUAUUUUGCUUGAAAUAGCCGACGUUCUGUUAGGACAUCUUUCUGCAGGAGCCGUAGACGUGCAGGUGCUUCUCGGUGAUGAGAUGGGACUUGAAGAGGAAGAUAUCCUUGAUGCUACGCCAUCUAUGGCCUGUCGUCAUUAG